CCCCCCUUUUGCCCCUCUAUAUGUUGCUAUUGGCACGGGUCUCUACCAGCGGCGCCCCCCAUACACCGUACGUACUAGUCUGAAAAAGUGAACCGUUGAGGCUAUGCCCGUUUGCGGUCCCCCUUUUGAGGAAAUACACAUCACGGGGGGACCUCACGGGUAAGCGAAUAAGCGGCUAAACGGAUAGGCGAAUACGCGGCUAAACGAAUAAGCAGCUAAACGGGUAGGCGAACACGCAGCUACGAAGCGAGAGAGGAAGCUGCUAGAGAGAAGACCCGCCGAUGAGCCGCACCCAAAAUGAACGUGGGCGUGUACUUCCUAACCGCGUUCCUCCUGUACACAUCCCUACUGAAUUACAAAACAUUGGUGCACCUGAUUAGCCCCUCUUCUGGUGCGCACCUACAGAAGGGGAACGGCGGUGUCUACCAAACCGUUGACCACUACCUGCACAUCUUCUUAGAGCAUGGGUUCGUCAGCAUCUACCUGUUAGUAUCAUUUCAGCCAAACAGAAAUGUAUAUGCGAAGAGGAGUCCCCACAACUACCUAUUCGCCAAAGGGCUGCUAAUCUUUUUUUUCUUUUUCCUAUUCCACUUUAUCCUUAAUAUAAAAAAUAAUUUCCCACUGAACAUCUUCUUCCUAAUCGUUACUACCUUCCACUUGUCCGAGUUUCUCCUCUCCUCCUUACACAACAGAAAUAAUUACAACUACUAUAACUUUCUAGUGAACCCCAACUGUGGCUACGUCUUCUUCUUCAUCCUCACGCUGAUUGAGUAUUACUCGAAGAUUUUCUUCUUCAUUUUGGGGCACUUUUGUGAGAAGUACUUCAGCAGGAGGCUCCUCCAGCACCUCCUCCUUGUGAAUUAUUUUUUCUUCAAGAAGUUUGCGCAGAACGGGCGGGCCGUAUGCACCUACCGCUAUGCAACCACAACGUGCAAAACGUACAUCCUAAACAAUUCGAUCUGCCAGAAAAUCAUCCACCAGUAUGAAGGCAUUUUUGACAAGUACGAAGCGAGGGGAAGCUACGAACGAGCAGACAGGUACCACCUCCUGUUGGUACUCCUAUCGAUGGUGGUUUGUCUGUGUGGGUUACUUUUGCGAGUAUUGGGUUUGCUUCACUGCAACAGGAACUUUUGCUUCUACGUGUUGAGCACCGAGCACUUGGCCGACAGGUGCAUCAGGAAGAAGCACCUGCUGGUCAAGUCCGGCGUUUACAAGUACAUGAGGCAUCCCUGCUACACGGGCUGGUUCUACUACGCAUUGUUCCUGCAACUGCUCCUCCUCAACGUCUUCUGUUUUGUGUUGUGUUUUUUCGUGUCGUGGGCGUACUUUUACCGCACCAUCAAAAUGGAGGAGACCUACUUGCUGGAGUGUUACGGCGAGGAGUACAGAAGUUACAAGCGGGAGACGCCCCACGUGUAG